CGGGGAGGAGCCUAAAAGGGAUUGUGGGAGAAAAGGUUUUUCUUUUCCGUCUGGCGGCAGCCAUCAGGUAAGCCAAGAUGGGUGCUUACAAGUACAUACAGGAGUUAUGGAGGAAGAAGCAGUCCGAUGUGAUGCGCUUUCUUCUGAGGGUCCGCUGCUGGCAAUAUCGCCAGCUCUCUGCGCUCCACAGGGCCCCGCGUCCCACCCGGCCCGAUAAAGCGCGCAGGCUGGGAUACAAGGCCAAGCAAGGUUAUGUCAUCUAUAGAAUUCGAGUGCGCCGUGGUGGCCGCAAACGCCCCGUUCCUAAGGGUGCAACCUACGGCAAGCCUGUCCACCAUGGUGUUAACCAGCUGAAAUUUGCUCGAAGCCUUCAGUCAGUUGCUGAGGAGCGAGCUGGACGCCACUGCGGGGCACUGAGAGUCCUGAAUUCUUACUGGGUUGGUGAAGAUUCCACAUACAAAUUCUUUGAGGUUAUCCUCAUUGAUCCAUUCCAUAAAGCUAUCAGAAGAAACCCUGACACCCAGUGGAUCACCAAGCCCGUCCAUAAGCACAGGGAGAUGCGUGGGCUGACUUCUGCAGGCCGCAAGAGCCGUGGCCUUGGAAAGGGCCACAAGUUCCACCACACUAUUGGUGGUUCUCGCCGUGCAGCUUGGAGAAGGCGCAAUACUCUCCAGCUCCACCGUUACCGCUAAUCUGUGUAAUGUUUGUAAAAUUCAUACCUAAUAAACAAUUUAGGACAGUCAUGUCUACUUAAAAGUGUUCUUUGUUAAAGCAGUAGUUGUCUGCAGACUGUUUUCAUGAAUAUAUUGUCAAAUUAUGGAAGUUACAGUGCAAUAAUGUUUGAAGACUAUAAAGUGAUGGUGUAUCUUGUUUCUAAUAAGAUAAACAAUUUUGUCUUUGCUUUAUCUUAUUAGGGAGUUAUCUGUCAGUGUUUUAAAAUGCCAUACUGUCUGGUAUAAUAGGUGUAAAAUAAAUUCUUUAAAAGAGCACUGAAACUAGCUCUGUAGAUUUGUUUGGUGCAUGAAAACUUUAUUGUGAUAAAAUGCUCUCCUGGUUUA